UCUCCCCUCGGACCCCUCCCCCAUCCUUCCGCCCCACCUCACACCACCGCCUCCUCUUCCGCCACCGCCACCGCCACCACCACCAGCAAAACCCUACAGGCCGGACGCAGCAGAGCCACAUGGCUAGCUUCGGCGUCGACACGCGCCCCGCCGCGGCGGGGGAGGGGGCGCUCUCCUUCCUCUCCCGGAGCCUGCGGGAGGACCUGCGCCUCAUCCGCGCGCGCGCCGGGGAGCUCGAGACCUUCCUCAGCGCGCCGGUCCCGGAGCCCGACCUCUUCGCGCGCCUCCGGAGGGCCUACAACACCACCUCCUCCUCCUCCGCCGCCUCGGGGAUCGGGAGGACGCGCCUGGACCUGUCGGCGAUAGGGAAGGCGUUCGAGGCCGAGGUCGGGAGGGGGUGGGGGGCCAAGACCGGGUGGAGGUGGGAGGACGAGGACGCCGCCGAGUGGGAGCCCAUACGGGCCGUCAAGGCGCGCCUCAGGGACCUCGACCGCAAGCGCCAGGACCAGGCCAGCGACGUGCUCCACAAGGUCAAGCUCAGCCUGAAAUCGAUGAGCUUUGCACCUGAAGCAUCUGAGGAAGUUCCACCACUGGAUUUAAACGAACUCCUUGCGUAUUUUCUAAAGCAAUCUGGACCAUUGUUUGACCAACUUGGCAUAAAAAGAGAUGUGUGUGACAAGUUGGUGGAGUCUCUAUGCAGCAAGCGCAAGGAUCACUUUGCAUAUGAUCCGUUGUCAACUAGUGAAUCAUCUUCCUUCAGAAAUGACAAUACUUGUGAUGAACUUGACCUAAGAAUAGCUAGCGUCCUUCAGAGUACAGGGCAUCAUUAUGAAGGUGGUUUUUGGGAUGAUGGGCAAAAAUAUGAUGUAGCUGACAAGAGACACGUUGCCAUUGUCACUACCGCCAGUCUUCCCUGGAUGACGGGAACAGCUGUAAAUCCUUUGUUUCGAGCUGCAUACUUGGCUAAAUCUUCCAAGCAAUACGUAACCUUGAUGGUGCCCUGGCUUUGCAAGUCAGACCAAGAGCUCGUCUAUCCGAAUAACAUGACUUUUAGUUCUCCAGAAGACCAAGAAACUUAUAUAAGGAAUUGGCUGGAGGAAAGAGUUGGAUUUAAAACCGACUUCAGAAUAUCAUUCUACCCUGGAAAGUUUCAGAAAGAAAGGAGAAGUAUAAUUCCUGCUGGGGAUACUUCACAAUUUAUACCAUCGAAGGAAGCUGACAUUGCAAUUCUGGAAGAGCCUGAGCACCUGAACUGGUACCAUCAUGGAAAGCGUUGGACUGAUAAAUUUAAUCAUGUUGUCGGUGUUGUGCAUACAAAUUACUUGGAGUAUAUCAAGAGAGAGAAGAAUGGUGCUAUUCAAGCUUUUUUUGUCAAGCACAUUAACAACCUUGUUGCCAGAGCUUAUUGCCAUAAGGUUUUGCGACUAUCUGGGGCUACUCAAGAUCUAGCCAGAUCCAUGAUCUGCAAUGUACAUGGUGUUAAUCCCAAGUUUCUGGAGGUUGGGGAGAGAAUAGCAGCAGAGAGGGAAUCUGGCGAGCAGUCCAUGUCCAAAGGAGCUUAUUUUCUGGGGAAGAUGGUCUGGGCCAAAGGCUACAGAGAACUGAUAGAUUUGCUUGCGAAGCACAAGACAGAUUUGGACGGUUUCAAAUUGGACGUCUAUGGAAAUGGUGAAGAUUCAGUUGAAGUGCAAUCAGCUGCCAAGAAGCUGGAUUUGAAUCUUAACUUCCAUAAAGGCCGAGAUCAUGCAGACGAUUCUCUUCAUGGGUACAAGGUUUUUGUAAACCCGAGCAUUAGUGAUGUCCUCUGCACCGCCACUGCUGAGGCGCUAGCCAUGGGCAAGUUUGUGGUCUGCGCAGAUCACCCAUCCAACGAUUUCUUCAGAUCAUUCCCAAACUGCCUGGUGUACACAACGUCAGAGGAUUUCGUUGCCAAAGUGAAGGAAGCAAUGACCCGUGAUCCCCAGCCCCUCACACCUGAGCAGCGGUACAACCUUUCGUGGGAGGCUGCGACCCAGAGGUUCAUGGAGCACUCGGAGCUGGACAAGGUCCUGAGCAGCAAUGGUGAUUGUGCCAGCACAUCUGGAAACAGCGUCGACAGGAGGAUGAAGAAAUCAGCCUCGUUGCCAAACAUGUCGGACAUCGUGGAUGGCGGCCUAGCAUUUGCCCACUACUGCUUCACGGGCAGCGAGCUUCUCCGGCUGUCGACCGGGGCGGUGCCCGGGACCCUGAACUACAACAAGCAACAUAGCGUGGACAUGCACCUGCUGCCCCCUCAGGUACAGAAUCCUGUAUAUGGCUGGUAAGACAGAACCACUGCUGUUAGUAGUACAUAGAUAGGCCUGUAAUUUGUGACACUAAUUCUUUUUCCUCCUCUCCCUGAUGCCAACGGCAAAGCCUUGUUCAUUAUUAUCAAUACGAACUACAGACUGCUUGUAGCACUAGAUAAGAGUUGUGUAUUCGAUCCCUUUGAGUUUUGAUGGCCAUUUUCACUGGGACGCUCACAUCUUUGUAUGGCUGGUACAGUAGCAAUGAGAAUCCUAUGCCCA